AUGGAUUCUCCAAUCUCCGAUGUGCAGUCUUUGCCGAGCGAUGUCCCUGUUGUGGUCGUUGGCGGCGGUCCCGCUGGCAUGAUCGCCGCGUUGCAACUCUCGAAGAAUGGAGUUCCAUGCCUGCUCGUUGAGCGGAAUCUUGAUACAACCAAAUGGCCGAAGAUGGAUAUCACAAAUUGCCGGAGUAUGGAGCUUUUGAAGCGCCUCGGCGUAGAUCAAGGCCUGAGGGAAGUAGGUGUGCCUGAUAACUAUAGUUUCGAUGUAUUAUUCAGCACAGGGCUUUCUGAGCACGGACGGCUCAUAGAAAAAUGGGAUCUCCCAUCGCCACGCGCCUGGCGAGAAAAGAUCAAGAAUCAGAAUGACGGUUCUAUGCCGCGUGAACCAUAUCAAAGAUGCUCCCAAGCGAUUUUCGAGGCCUGGCUGAAACCACGGAUUGAGGCUGAUCCCAUGAUCACGGCCAGGUUCGGCAUGAAGUUCGAGACUCUUACAGAGGAUGGAAAAGGAGUUAUAAGUUCGCUUAUUGACCAGUCCGGUGAACGUCACAUCGUGAGAUCGUCUUAUGUGAUCGGCUGCGACGGAGCUGGCAGUAAAGUCCGUCAAAGCGUUGGCAUCACCAUGACGGGAGGACCAGUUCCUGGAGCUAUGUAUCUCAUCCAUUUCAAGUCUCGUGAUCUGGAAGUUCUGCACCGUCAGGGCCAAUUUUGGCAUAUCUUCUUCCUGGCAGGCUCGGUUAUUAUCUCCCAGGAUGAGAAGGAUACUUGGACGAUCCAUAUCCCAGCUUCGAUCGACGCUAAGGCCUCUGACAUGGACCCCCAUGCAGAAAUAAAGAAGGCCUUGGGCCUCGAGGAGUCGAAAUUGGCCGUUACUGUAGAUGAAAUACUGGUUACAAGUAUGUGGAGACCCAACAUCUACCUGGCAGACCGCUAUGUGUCAAGUGGUGGCCGCGUUUUCAUCUCUGGCGACGCUGCCCAUCAGAAUAUACCUACGGGAGGUUAUGGCAUGAAUACCGCAGUCGGAGACAGUUUUGAUAUAGGCUGGAAAGUAGCUGCAGCAGUCCACGGUUAUGGAGGCCAAUCCUUGUUGCAAUCAUAUGAAGAUGAGCGGAGGCCAGUGGGAAUGAGAAACAUCGAUCGAUCUGGUGCUCAUUGGAAAGUGCACGCCACCUAUGGAGAAUGGUGCGGGCAGGCCAACGGCGCAGUUUCGUCUUCAUCGGAUGAGGGCAAGGAACUUCGAGAAAAGGUCGCACAUCACGUCAGAACACACGACGGAGAGAAUAAAGACCAGGGAAUCGAACUUGGGUAUCGCUACAAGUCUGACGUGGUUGUGCUAUUGGAAGAUGCUGGCACAGAGCCUCCUUGGUCGGAGAAGCAGUAUAUCCCAUCAACCUGGCCUGGAGCUAGAGCUCCCCACGUUUUCCUCAAUGAUGGAGAGACAAGCAUAUUCGAUCUAUUUGGUCAGGGUCCAGCAUGGACUUUGGUCGAUUUUACGCAAUCUGGUGAUCAUAUCAAACAGUUCAAGUCCGUACUUUCAUCCUUGAGAGCCAAGAUUCCACUCGAGUUUGUCCAUUUACCGGAUGAGUCACAUGUCCGCAAGAUCUGGGAACGAGAAGCGGUGCUAGUCAGGCCGGACGAUCAUGUAGCCUGGAGAGCACCCACAGGCGAUGGUCUGGAUAUUGAUCCAGAAAAGAUUCUGUUGAUUGUGACAGGUCAGGGGCAAAAGGACAUAGGUGAAGAACUGAUGGCUGACCGAAACGAUCAUGAAAAGAUUGUGUUUACUGGGACAAUUGGAAACGUCGAACAUGGCAAGGUUGAGCAGCUAGCUGCCUUUCAGCAGUAA